CCGAGCCCGCAAACCGUGGUGUGAUUAUGGCUUAGCGUCUCCUUGACCAUAGCCUAAGAAUGAUAAACAGUAUUAUAUUUAAACAAUUUUAUGUAUAUAAAUAAAAAAUAACUCUAAUUAUUUAUAAGAGAAUAAUUAGAAAGAUUUUCGCAUAAAUGGGCGACUCUCUGCGACGAGAGGUUCUACGAGUAUUUAAAAAACUUCACAGAACAAGAUUGAAAACAUUUGAAGGUGAUGAGCAUGCAUUGCAAGUCGUAAGAAAAAAGAUAAAUGAUGAAUACAGAAAAUAUAAAAAUGUUACAAACCAGGCGGCAAUUGAAGAGUUGAAUAAGUUUGCGCAGGAAGUUGAACAUGAGGUACGAACAACUGUUAUUCAAGUAGUCGAAACAGCACCUGGAAGAGUAGCACCACGGCUCACUCCAGAUGUCUUAGUAGAUAAUGUACCGUACAAAGAGCAAAAAGGUAAUGCAAAUAAAGAAAACAAAACUCAAACUUGCAAUAAGUACACAUCAUAGAAUACAAAACAAUGAUUUGAGGUAAUGAAAAAUAUUUAAGUUUAUUAAAAAUAGCUUGCAGUUACAUGUAGAUUGUAAAUUUAUUUAAAAUUAUUGUAAUAUUUGUAAAUAUUGUAUCUUGUACAUUGUAUCUUGUUCAUGAAUAUAAAUGGAAGACAUUAUAAAUUUA